AUGGCUCUCGAGGUCAGAGUUGCUCCAGAAAAGGCUCUUGGACGUCACACCUGCACUCUCUGCAUUGUUUUCCAUAACCUCCUUUUCUGCUUCAACCCGUUCUACUCCAUGUACUAAGUGGCUCUGAGCAUGUGUUGCAUGAUGCUCAUGGUGCAUGAGUUUGAUGUCCUGGUACCAUUUGAUUUCAAAACAAAUCCUGCAUGCCUCAAUGCAAAUUAUAAAAUUAAUUGUUCUUUUAGUUUCGAUGGAGGUCACCUACUCCGUGGACUACUUUUCCUUCUGGUUGUGGAAGGAUGGGUUUGGGAUUAUGCUCUUUCAGUAACUAUCCUUCAUGUCACUAUUACUUCAACCGUUACAUUGGAAUUCCCCCUGAUGUCCCAUUGGUAGGCUGCUUUAGAUAUAUCAGAAUUUCCCAAUUUAGAUUCUCUAAUGCAUACAAAUAAUGUUAAGUUUAUGAAAUGGACUUUAUUAUCUCAAAUCCCCAUCUCAAAUACACUGUUUUACUUGGGGGAUUAA